AUGGACGUGACAACUUACAUCUCCCCGCCGGGUUUUCAUUUGCUGGAUGCUGCUGGUACGCUGGUUGAUGGCCUCGCAGAUGUGUUUUCACAGCUUGCAGAUGCACAGGAAGUUUCGCGUAUUCGGAGAAUCGGUGCUUUUUUGUUCUCCAUUGCGGAGCGUGGUUUGAUGACCGCGAAAUGCAUUGACGACCUUCUCCACGCAGAAAAUGCAGCAACUGAAGCAUUACAAUUGUUCAAUAUAUCAGGGGACGUCCAGUCCGCAGCUUUUUGUGCAAGACUUGUGGUGCACGCCUUACGGGCGCAAGCGAUUGCGCGUCCCAUGGGCGUCGGCCUUGAGGCACACGGCCGUGAUCGUUCCCUCCUAGAUGUGGCUACAGUCUUCUUAGACGAAGAAGUUAAGCGUGCUGAGUUGCAUGGCAACCAAGUUGCACAAAUUGCGCUGUCUUUGUCGCGGGCAGAGAUAAUGCAUGAUAGCGGGCGUCAGUCUCAUGCAGAUGCUUUGAAGGCUGGUGAGGAUGUGAAAAGGCAUUUCCGAAACAAAAGUGAAAACAGAGGCUUGGCGCUGAGUUCUGUCUUUCUAGCAAAUGUGCACUUGAGGAGGCAUGAGAUAUUUUUGGGAAAGGCCUUAGCCACGGAAGCGCUCCAGCUUUUUCGCUCUUUGCAGAGCAAACACGGUGAGUGCAGUGCCCUUUUCGUCUUGGCAACAGCGGCGCAGCUGCAGCGAAAGCACUUCGAAGUGAUCUCUGUGGUGAAAGAAGCUUUGCCUUUGGCCCAGGAGGUCGGAGAUUCUGGGCUUUUAUCUGCCUUGCUGUAUUUGCUUGCGUUGAGUUCUCACGAGAAGGGAGGGAGACCCCGUGAUGCCGCAGCAGCUGCCGCAGAAGCACGCUCCUUGUUCAUGGAGCGUAGGUGCUGGCAAGGAUGGGCUGAAUUCAGCUUGGCAGUUCAAGUGAAAGCCCUUCUGUCUGAAACCUCCCGUCAGACCGCGCUUGAAGUUGUGCGGGAACAUGCCUGCAGCUGCAGAGCAUUCAGAGCUCUGCGCCCUUGCCUCCUUGUACGCGAUAUUCUGCUGGAAGCUUUGAGGGAGAUGAGGUCAGAGCCAGAUCGCACGAAGGCGCAAAUAGUGGCUGACAAGACGCUCACUGCACUUCGAAACCUGCGAGCCGCCGAAUGGAUGGCCAGAGAGUUCGAGCUCGUUUCCAGCCUUCACUUGGCACGGAAAACUAGGAAGCAAGUGGAAUCAGCUCGUGAUUGGGCCGCGCAGGCCAGGAGCCAGCUGCAGAUGUUGGGCGACAAGUAUCUUGAAGCAGAGUGUUUGCCCUCCUUGGCGACAUGCUUCAUCCAUUUGGGUGACGACAGCAAGGCCGCUGAAGUACUGAAAGACAGGCGCCACCUUUUCCGAGACGUGGGCGCGAGGAGCCGAGAGGCACAGGCAAUGCUGGAGCUCGCACAAGUGCUGACACGCGAACAGCUAGCUCGCGUCGAUAGCCGUGCGCGUCGAUUCCUUCGAGAUGCUUUCCAAUUGGCCAAUGAUGCGAUGACAGCUUUCAGUGAUGUUGCCAAUGAGGUUGGGAUGGCCAGUGCUCACUUGGCGCUGUCGGACAUUUACCUCUCUAGACAGGAGCCGGACGAGGCAGAAGCAGAAGCUCGCAAAGCCGAGCAUAUGUUCCGGCAAGCUGGCGAGCCGAAGCAGGUGGCGAAAGCUGUGAAGAAGGUGGGAAAUGCUUGUUGCGAGCAGGACAAGCCCGAGGAAGCCGCAAGAAAUGCAGGAGAAGCCGUUGUGUUCUGCAAGAAGGCAGGCGACAAGUAUGCGCUGACUGAGAUGCUCGGUUGGGAAGCGCAGAUGCAGGCCCAGCUUGUAGCCAAGUUGGUGGAAGGUUUGCAAGAGAAGGAGGCUCAGAAGAUUGUGUUUCGAAGCUUGAGCAAGGUCAUGACACCAGCGAAAGAGGGAGUUCUGUUGGCGCGGAAGUUGCAGGACAAGGCUGUCAUCGCCACCAGUCUCUACGUGGUUGCAGAGGUCGAAGCAAGUGUGGGCAAGUGGGACCAAGCAUUGGCCGCCACGGCGGAGGCUGCUGCACUCAGCGAGAGAAUUGGAGACAAGACCACUGAAUCGAGAGCCCUGUCGCUGAGCUCAGAGCUUCACUUCAGGAAGAAAGAAACAGCAACGGCUCGAGAGGAGGCCGAAAAGGCUUACAAGUUGGCAAAAGACUCCAUCAGCUGGGAUGCAAAGAGGGCAGCUGAAAGGGCGAUCCGCCGCGUGGGCGUGAGUCCACAGCAUGACGAAGAAUAA